AUAAUAUUAUUUAUGAUUGCUUUGGAUAAAAAACCAUUGAAAGAAUUUUCACUGAUAAUGCUGAUAACAUUGACAGCAUUUUUUCUCAUCUUUGUUACAUUUGACAUAUUUUGGCAGUUAACUGGAAGACAAAUGCAUGAUUCACCAAUUUUUUUGGUAUCAUUUAUGGGUAUGAUUUUUUUUGGUGUAGCUGGUAUUUUACUAGCUGCUUGGUGUAGUUCUCAUGUGUUAGAUUUUUGGGCAAUUCCAUGUACCCUGGGGCUUUGUUUUAUCAAUAGUAUAUUAUGUUUUGUUGAAGUAUUACAAUUAUUCGCAUUUUGGAAACAGAGAAUGUCUUCUUGUUAUCCAUUAUCAUCACGUGGACCACCAACAGAAACAUUAUUUAGCAAAGCUGGUCAUUUUGCAUACUCAAACAACCAGAUUGACACAUGUGAAAUGGCAACAAGUGUUAGUGGUGGUGUUUGUAUUGAUCCUAAAAUUGAUCUAGUUGUGGCUGAACAUGGUGCAAGAAAAAUAAAUUUAUGUAAAAGACGUCAGUACUUGGAUAAACAUGUUAGUGUACCUGAAUUUGCUAUUGUAACAACAACACAAGUACAAACAGAAAGUGGUGCAACAAGUCCAGCUGAAGCUCAGACAACAAGAACUGAGUAUAAAGAAAGUUUGAUUCAAACUCCAGAUGAAUCACAUCUUACAACUUCAUGUCGUUCACCACUUUCAACACAAGCAACAUCUUUUCCAGGUCAUUGUACUUCUGUUUGUCCUGCAUCUGUUGUUAUUCUUCGAAGUGGAAAUACUUGUUGUGGAUCCUGCAAUUGUGGAGGACAACAUUGUGAAAAAUCACCACAACUUCAUUAUCUCAAUGAAUCACAGGAUCAAACUUUUUUUAGCAAUUUAAAUGCAACAAAAAAUCAGUGGGUUGAAACAUCACAAGAUACAAAUUUACCAGAAACAAGUGAUAACAGCAAUAGGGCUUCUGGCCCAUUUGUGUUACCAAAAUCAAUACGAACAUCUCUUGCACAACCAAGAAAAACUCAAACAACUCAAACACAAGUUUAUCGGAAUAAAUCAACAAAUAAAUCAGAUGACAGUACAAGUGAUAAAGUAGAAAGAAAAAGAUCAAAGUCCAAAUCAACUCCAGAUCAAACACCAAAUGAAUCAACAAAAAGUUCACUAUCAAAAACACCAGAAAUAUUAUCAAAAAAAAGUGAUAGAUCAAUAAUUGAUUUACCAAUUGAAGAACAUGAACAAAAAACAUUAGAAAUUGAAGAAAAAUUAAAAGAAUCAUUAUCAAAAACAAGUAGUAAAAGAAUAAAACCAUUGUACAGAGAAAAACCAUCAAAAAGUCAACGUACAAGUGAUGAUAUUGAUGAAUUAAAAUUAUCAUAUCAUUCAAUUAAUAAAUUAAAUUAUGAAAACAUUGAUUAUGAUCAAGAAAUAAGACCACGUGAUGAAAUUUCAUGGUUAAGUGGUUUUGAAGAGUCUAAAGAUGAUACAGAUGAUAAAUUUGAGCCAGAAAGUUUAGAUAAUUCAAGAAGAACAACAACAACUAGUUCAAAAAAAGCUCAAUUUUAUCAAAGAAGUAAUGAAUCUAAACGUGAUAGUGAUAAAUUUGAACCAGAUAAUUUAGACAAUUCAAGAAGAACAACUGUUGGAUCAAGACAAGCUCAAUCUUAUCAAAAAAGUAUUGAAUCUAAACGUGAUAGUGAUAAAUUUGAUCCAGAGAGUCUUGAUGCAUCAAGAAGAACAACUGUUGCUUCAAGACAAGCUCAGUCUUAUCAAAAAAGUAUUGAAUCUCAACGUGAUACAGAAGAGCUUGAUCCAGAGAGUCUUGAUGCAUCAAGAAGAACAACUCUUGCUUCAAGAAAAGCCCAGUCUUUUCAAAGAAGCAGUGAGUUAAAACGUGAUACAGAACAAUUUGAUCCAGAAAGUAUUGAUAGUUCAAGAAGAACAACUGCUGGUUCAAGACAAGGUCAGUCUUAUCAACGAAGCAGUGAAUCAAAACGUGAUACAGAACAACUUGAUCCAGAGAGUAUUGAUAGUUCAAGAAGAACAACUAUUGGUUCAAGACAAGCUCAGUCUUUAUACAAAAACAAUGAAUCAAAACGUGAUACAGAACAGCUUGAUCCAGAGAGUAUUGAUAGUUCAAGAAGAACAACUGCUGGAUCAAGACAAGCUCAGUCUUUAUACAAAAAUAAUGAAUCAAAACGUAAUACAGAACAAUUUGAACAAGAUAAUUUAGAUAAUUCACGAAGAACAACUGAAUCUGGAUGGACUCAAUCUUCCCAAAGAUCCAAUGAAUCAAAACGUGAUACAGAAAAUACAGAUAAUUCACGAAGAACAACAGUUAGUUCAAGACGAACACCUCAAUCAUUUCAAAGAAGUAUUGAUACAGUAACAUCACCAAUAAAAUUACGAUCAUCAACAAGCUAUACACUACGACAAGAGACACCAAGAUUAUCAAGUGUUGAUGAAGGAAGUCCACAACAAAUAGGUUAUUCAUCAAAAACACCAAGUAGAAUAUCACUUGUUCAAAGAGAUGAUGCUGAAUUUAUUGGAUCAUUUCAUGCACCAAUUAUGGAGUCACUUGAUGAAGCCAACGAAGAACAGCAGUCAACGCUUGAGCAAGAUGAGGAGGAUAAUAUUGAUGAUAAUGAUGAACAUGAAUUUUUGAUUGAACAAGAAUUUAUUGAUGAUGAUGAAGAUGAAGAUAAAGGUGAUGAUGAUGAUGAUGAAGAUGAAGGUGAUGAUGAUAAUAUUUAUUAUGAAAAAUCUCGUUGUCCCAAUUAUCAAACGUCAACUGAAAGUUCAGAUCAUGAAUAUUAUGCCGAAUUAAUUGGCAUAAUGGAAUUACCAUGUGGUUGGGGUUGCUCAACUCCAUGCACACAUCAUAAAGUUUCAAUGUCAAAUUCAAAGGUUAUAUCACCAGUUUGUCAUUUAUCAUAAUAUUUGUUUGUACAUAUUGUAGAACUUAAAAAAAA